UUGUACGAUUGACAGCCGCCGUUGACCAGAAAAUCAACAAACAUCGCAAAGGAGACGUCACUAACGACAUUUAUACCAGCCCUUAGGGUCUAUACGCCAUUGCCACAUCAUCUCAACUCCUCCGACUUUGGAGGUUUCUCGCACGGACAUGAGCCGAUGAUGAAAGAGCUCUCCGCAUCUGAAGCUCGACUCCAAUGACCAAAUCGUUCAAUUGGCGGCAAUGAAUUUUUCCGACUUGCACGGGUCAAACAACGGGCUGACAAACCACUCUCGGAGGCUGAUGGCGGGUCGCUGUUUGACACCAUGUAUCUCUUUAGCAGCGUAAAUCAAUACGGGGACAGAAGAGACCAACGCGUAUAGUACUUCGCUCGAUGCCGGACCCUCCGGAUUUCUAUAGGGGGAAGAGCAUAUUAAUUCUUUCAACUCCUUCUGUAGCAGGUACGGGAUCACUUUCAUUGCUAUCACUGAAAUUAUACAUCGCAUUCAACUUCAUUCCCCGGGUUUCAGCACAGUCUUUAUUCGUCAGGCGACUAUAAUAUUACCAUGGGAGACAAUUCGACACAGAGGAACCGACUAUUCAUAGCUGGCGCCCCGGGCGGCGGCUCAAUAGCCCCGGCUACCCACGACUUCAUCGCUCAGUGUUUGAAACGGGAGUGGACGAUGACAUUUCUGGCAGCCUCAACUCUCCAGGAGGUCUCGGAUGCAUUUCACGCCCCCAAUUUUGCGGGAGGUAUUGUCACAAUGCCCUAUAAGAAGACUAUCAUUCCAUGCCUGGAUCACGUUGACGAUCUCGUUGACCAGCUCGGUGCUUGCAACCAUGUUUCCGUGGCCAACGAUGGUACCUUGAAGGGAACCAACACUGACUGGGUUGGAGUCAAAAAGGCUCUCUUACAAGGAGAGCCGGCCACUGAUCCUGGGCGAGGGUUCAAGGGAAUGGUUGUCGGGGCAGGUGGCGCAAGUCGAGCGGCAAUAUACGCUCUUAUGGAGCUAGGCUGCAAGGACGUCUACAUCGUCAACCGUGACGUUGGCGAGGUUCAAGAGCUUGUCGAAGAUGUGCACCAUUAUAAAAUGCCCAACCGACCAAAGAUUGUCCACGUCCAGUCCACACAGCAAGCCCGGGAACUGCCGUGCCCACACUGGAUCGUGAGCACCGUUCCUGACUUUGAACCAAGGACCCCUGCAGAGCUCCAGGCCAGAUCCGUGUAUCUCGAAUUUCUCGCAAAGAAGGACAGGCCGCAUCAGGCGCUUAUGCUGGACAUGUGCUACCACCCGUUGAUGACACGCAAUCUCCGGCUUGCAAAGCAGCAUGGCUGGCCGAUCGUCGAUGGAGUCCAGGUGGUAGGACACCAGCUCAAAGAGCAAUGGAGGCCCUGGACGGGUGAAGAGAUCAACACACAAGAGGAAGAGAUUGCUUGGAGGAUCUUGCGGAACAGUGCAAAUUCAGAUCCGACGGUCACUCCCUCAACUGCAUAA